ACUCAAUCGAUUUUGUUUGGUUCUUGUCCUAGAUCGCGUGAACCCGUGGAUAACCACAAGAACGGCAAAUUUGUGUUUCCCGUUCUCGAAAACCCAUACACAACGAAAUGCAUGCCGGAGACAGCUAGGCAACAAAACUGACUUGGAAAACCUGUGCUGGGAAGCUGUCUUCUUUCUUUCCCCUGCGCAUCCAUGACCGACUAGCACUUGGCGCUGCCAAGCGCGACAUUUCCAGGCAAGAAAGCAGGUCCAUCGUUAGAAGCUGGUUCAAGAAAAAAGAAUCGGACAUAGUUUUCGCAUGUAUCGAUCUGGUUUUCAACGGCUUUCGCAAAACGCCUGUUGUACCCGCUCUGCCACCCGUGUGUCUUUCAACCUGGGACCGCCUAGUCGCCGUUUCCCGUUUUGUUUGAUUCAGCAGUGCCAUUCCCUGCCUUUCGCAUGGGAUAUCGCAAGCUGUCCAUCCUGGGCUGUUGCGUUUUCCCAUGGAACGAACCAGAAACGCACUUCCCUUUCCCUUCUUCUUUGUCGGAAGGAACGAUUUUUGUCUUCUUUCUAGCGGUUCAAAGGCCGACGCUGCUGCUACGCGCUGCACAGCGGGAACACGAUGGCCAACAUUCGGACGUUGUCGGAUUAUGCGUCGUCGCCUCCACGCGGCUCUUCUGCACUUGAAGGGGAAGGACGACAGGGAGGAAGUCCGUUGCCACUCUUUUUCCCCUCUGGAACUCAAUCUGGCGAAAACGUCAGUUGGAUUCAAUGGCUGUGCCCGGGAAUACACCUGAAGAGCCCAAUCAUCAUCAUUUCCUUCGUACAAAUCGCAGUCUACAUCGCGUCGCUCGCUGCCGGCCUGGCACCCAAUGAAAUCCUGGCACCAACUCCGCAAACCCUGGUGAUGUUCGGCGCAAACAUUCCCGAGCUCAUUCGUGUCGGCGAAAUCUGGAGACUAAUCUGUCCUCUGUUUCUCCACUUGAAUCUGUUCCACAUCUUGAUGAAUCUCUGGGUGCAGAUCCGGAUCGGCCUGACGAUUGAGGAGAAGUACGGAUGGAAGAUGCUGCUUGCGGUUUACUUUGGAGUCGGGGUCUUGGCGAACAUGAUCUCCGCAGCCGUCCUGUUUUGUGGCCAGAUGAAAGCAGGCGCAUCGACUGCCGUCUUCGCUCUCAUCGGUGUCCAGCUCGCCGAGCUCGCCCUUAUCUGGCACGCGAUCCAAGAUCGCAACAGUGCUAUCAUUAGCGUUUGCAUUUGCCUCUUCUUUGUCUUCGUCUCGUCCUUUGGAAGCCAGAUGGACAGCGUCGGCCACAUCGGCGGGCUGGUGAUGGGAUUCGCCGCAGGUAUCUGGUUGAACGAAAACAGCGAUAUCAAGCCAACGUGGUACGACAGGGCCCGUUUAACGUCGCAAGUGGCGUUAGCUGCUGCGCCGAUCUUGAGUUGCAUCUUUAUCUUCCUGGUCCCUCGCUGCUGACUGCGGACACAGGGUCUGCACGUGCUUUCAAAGAUUACCUCAGGCAAGCGCAUUCGAAGUUAUGCGAAA